AUGGAGAAGCUUUCUCUACUAAAUAAGGAGAUCGCUAAUCUAAUAAGCCUACUAUCCUUGCUUUUCAAGAGACCUCCUAAUUUAGGGGAAAGGGUUAACAUACUACAGAGGUCCAAUAGCAAUAUUAGCCCAGAUCCGACAAUCUUCAAAGAUAACGAAGUCGAGGCUAAUUGGGGAACUGCUUAUGUUAAGGAAACCGAAUUCGAAGAUAAAGGAGCCAGCGGGGAGGCAGCGCUUAAUACUCUGAAAAGAAAAGCUUUGGAUCGCCUAGCCAAGGCUUUGGCUAGGUUCAAAACUGCUAAAGAUCCCCGACGAGUAGCGGGGAAGCAACCAGACAGCCUUGACCUAGCAUUCGAACUCAUAUUCAAUUAG